UAUUCACGCGCAAAAUCUCGUUGAUUUCCGUUUCAGACCGGUGAAUAGCUAAAGAUAAAAAAGGCACAGAUCGUUUUAUGUACAUUUUUAUAGCCCUGUCUUGAAUAUCCAAGCACAGUCAACAUGAAUCCAGCAUUUCAACAGAUCGGUGAACAGUUUGUUGCAGCAUAUUACAAAGGAUUUGAUGAUAAAAAUUCACGGACAACUCUUCAGCCACUGUACCAUAGUGACUUAACCAUCUUCCAUAUUGGUAUUUUUCUCUGGGAAAAGUUUGUGAUAUUUCAAUUUUUCAAGAGAGAACUUGUUUUCAUCGUUGUGAUAAUUAGUUGUGCAAUGGAUUUUAUCGAACAGGAGUUGAUUACAAACACACAGUGUUCAGCAUUAUUAACAUUUGAAGGUUGUCAAUUUCAAGGUCCUCAAUCAAUAGUAGAAAAAUUAAUGAGUGUACCAUCAGAUAAUAUACAAAGAGCUAUAACAUGUGCAGAUUAUCAACCUACAAUAGAUGGUGGUGUCCAAGUGUGUAUAAUUGGACAGUUAAAGACUGAUUCAGAACACGAUAAACCAAUGCCUUUUACCCAUGUAUUUUUACUAAAACCAGAAAAUGGAAACUACUAUAUAUUCAAUGAAAUCUUCAGAUUAGCUUUACAUAAUUUCUAAAUUUUUCGAAAGCAGUUGACAGUGUAGCAGUGAUAAAAGAAAUGACAUAAAUCAAGUUGUGAAUGGACACUUCUAUAGCUUAUGAGCAAUUACUUGAUUUACAUGUAUUCACAGCCAUCUUUGAUUUAUUAUUUGAACUCAAGAACAACACAAUCGUUCAAAAUGGUUUUGUGAAAAUGGAUUGUUCAAAGAGUAUUGUAAUUAUUCAUAUUUUAUUUCUGCCAGAAAACAAAAUAAAUAGCUCUUGCACAUAUAUAGCAAUGAUUGUAUCUUGUGCAUGUGUAUAUUGUAGUGAAAAUGCUUGUUUUUACAGUCUAUAAUAUGUGUACAAUAUCAAUAUGUAUAUACUGAGACAGUGUGUAGCCCUUUAUUAUGUUUCAUGUACCUUCAUUGUAUUGCAACUUAACUGUUAUCAUGUAGCAUGAAUAAAUUUGUUUUGUCAACCCAGUUUUAAA